GCAGGUUUCCGUUUCCGCAGGUUUCCGUUUCGGCUCGUUCCCUGCGUUCGCAUCCGUUGUACCUUUGACCUGCUUUGACCAGCCAUCCGGCGUCGAUGGGAGGCUGAAGGAUUUACUGGAGAAUUAUAGUUUCACGUCAGGAUUACAGUUGCUCCAUUGCUUUACGUCCCCGUCCUUCUGCUGCUCAGCUUGUACAUUGAAUGUCAGGUAUGAAUUUCAUACCUGGCUUUCGUCAAGCAAAGCUUUACAACUCAACUAGUCCAUCGGCUGAAUAAUCGGUUACAUACAAGGAUCAUGGAAUUGUAAGCUGAAUCCUUAAGAAUGUUUGGGGGUUACCAGUACACAGCAUGCUACUUCGUCCCGGACUGGCUCAGUUGUCUCUGGACACAAUCCACGACUUUAAGCCGGCCCGAUCAACGAGAGAACGCAGGUCAACUUGCAAUUGACAUACUCUUGCCCAGGGCGUGUCCAAGCGUUAUUAUGGAGGAGCGCGUUGGGGAGCUGUCAUUCUCACGGACGCCUGCGAAGCCCAGCCCUACCCCUAGCCCUGCAAUGCUGACUUCAAGUGACGAUGAAAACACUUGUGACGAGCAAACGUUCCGUCCCUAUAGCUGCGGCACCGUUGAUGGGCUCUGUCCAGGUAGCUACAGCCCAGAAGCCUCAUCCAGCGGGUGCUGCAGCAGCGGUAGUAGCAGCCCGCACUCAACCAGUAGCCCCCGCUUCUGCAGCAGCUGUAGCGAGGCUGAUGACAGUGCGUUUGUGGUGGGUUCCAUUGCUGCCGACUCCUGGGACCGUACCAGUUCCCUGCUGGCGGCGGGCAUUGGAGCUGAGCCCGUGCUACGUAGCCCGGGGGUUCUAUUCGCAUCCAGUUACACAGCAUGUGGUACGGAAUCGCAUCAGACGGGAGCUCAAGUCUCACGGCGAGGACACACGAGCACCCCUGGCUUCGGCAGUCAAGGGACCAUUCCCAUCAGUACUGGCUGCGGCUUUGGCGGCCCACGGCUCGCAGGAGAGGUGAAGAACGACGCGGGUAGCCCCGCCCGUAUCGCGGUGGACAUCGACCGCCUCCUGGCCUCCGUUGUUGUGCAGGCGCUGUGGCAAGAUGAGUACUAUGCGCCCGGUGUGCCUUUUCCCAACGAACAGGCAGGCUAUGCGCCGAUUAUCGAGUUGAUAGCUGCAUUGAACAAUUCUGCACAUGCGAACUUGGAAAAUUUCUGAGAAUAAAUGUAUACAAGCUGAUUGCC